AUGCCUGCUCGCUCCCAGCCCGGGUCUCCUUCAGACUGGUGUGUCCCAUCCCCUGCUCUGCCCCGCCGACGCUCUUCAGCUCAGCGAGGAGAAGGGGCUGCGGGGAGCCUGGGGAAGGACGGACUCGAAUGCUCCCGGCUCUUCUGGAGAGCUUCUCCGCCUCUGGCAGGGGAGCUGCCUUGGACUUUGUGUAGGGGGCUGCUCCCGAGGGAGUUUGGGCAAAUCUCGUCACUUCCUCGGGACCCAGGCUCUUCGUCUGCCAAAGGGGAAUAAGAACAUUAGCACUCCUACCCGCGUUUAACCCUCGCAUUCCAGCUCCAGCUGGGGGUGGCCUUCAAACUGGUGUGCUACUUCACUAGCUGGGCCCAGUACCGCCCAGGGCCUGCCUUCGUCUUCCCCAAGGACCUGGACCCCCAUCUCUGCACCCACCUGGUGUAUGCCUUUGCUUCGAUGCACAACAACAGGAUAAUCCCGGGGGAGAGGGACGAUGAAGAGGAGAUCUACCCACAGUUAAACAAGCUCAAGGAAAGAAACAAGGAACUCCGAACACUGCUGUCCAUCGGGGGCUGGAACUUUGGCACGAGCAGAUUUACCACGAUGCUCUCCACGCGCGAGAACCGGAAAACCUUCAUCUCCUCAGUCAUUGGCUUCUUGCGGAAGCACAGCUUUGACGGCCUUGAUCUUUUCUUCCAGUACCCCACCUUUAGGGGAAGUCCCUUCCAGGACCGGGAACGGUUCUCAUUCCUGAUCCGAGAACUCCUGCUUGCAUUCCGUAAAGAGUCCAAGGCCACUGAGAAAAGCAGGCUGCUGGUCACCGCAGCUGUGUCCGGUGACUAUCACAUCAUCAACCUUGCCUAUGACGUGGCCUUCAUUGCCAGUAUUCUGGAUUAUAUCAGCGUCUUGACUUAUGACUUCCACGGAAGUUGGGAUGUGGUCACAGGGCACAAUAGCCCCCUGUAUGGAGCACAUUGGAAAAGGAAUCAAGGAGACUACUUAAAUUGUGAAUUUGCCAUGAAGCUGUGGGAAGAGAAGGGAGCUCCCCGAGAGAAGCUCAUCAUGGGGUUUCCUACCUAUGGACGUACCUUUGACAUCCUGAGCUCUAACAAGGGAGUAGGGGCUCCUGCUUUUGGGCCAGCAUCCCCUGGGAAUUAUACCCAGGAAUCUGGGUUAUGGGCUUAUUAUGAGAUCUGUCCCUUCCUCAAGAAGGCCACUGUGAAAUGGGUUGAUCAGCAAAGAGUCCCUUAUGCCUAUAAGAAGAAUGACUGGGUCAGUUAUGAUGAUACCCACAGCUUUGCUUAUAAAGCAUGGUUCAUAAGGGAAAAACAAUAUGGAGGAGCCAUGGUGUGGUCCUUGGAUCUGGAUGACUUCAGGGGCUCUUUCUGCGGGCAGGGCCCCUUUCCCCUCGUUAAUACGUUAAAGGACCUCUUGACUGAGAGCAAGUCCCACUCAACUCCUCCACCUCCAACGAACCUCCAGACUCCUCUUGCUGUUUCUACUUUGACCCCUGAAAGGAAGACUUCUCCCCUUCAAGAAACGCCAGGACCCCUUACUGCCACCCCCUACAAUUUGGAGGUGACUCCAACAUCUUACCUUGAUUCCAGCACUCAGGAUACACUCAAGCUGAACUUUAUUACCCAGGGGCUGAAGAAGACCUCCUCAGCUCCUGGAUAUACCACUGCUCCACCCGUUGGCAACAGCCCUCCCCAGGACACCCACACCUUGCAAGCGAGCACCCAGGUUCCUGGUAACCCCACCACUCUCCAUGUAGAUAGGAGCAGUCCCCCUAUUAACUCCACUGUCCCUUCUAACAAUUUUCCCAUCUCCAAACCAGUAACCCCAACUACAAACCAGAAUACUUCUCUGUAGAUACAGAAAAAGAACCUGUGGUACCCAGAGAGAGAAGGAAAAACUCUGGGCCUUCUGGAGCUGCAAGUGUUGGACAAGUCUCAUUUGUUAGAAUAGAGACACGAGGCACCUGAGCUCAUAUUUUCAAAACAUGGGUUUUUUUUUUUGAUUAAU